GUGAGAGAGGAAGGCUAUCCUGUCUGUAUCCCCAGGCUGAGCACUCACAUGCAGAGGGAUGAUGAGGCUAGGCUGGGUUCGAGGGCUGGCCCCUUUGCUGGCCAUGGCUGCUGGAAUACUCUACAUCACAUCCAUUAAGUGGGAGGUUCAUUCUCAUGGGGAGAGACUGCAGGGGGCCCAUCAGAAUGAAUCGGCCAGGGGCCAGGACAUUCUCAAGAGGCUGGAGAAGAUGGAGGCUCACAUCGAGAAGCUGGUGAAGUCAAUCAACAAUGGGAUCAGUCUGAAAGAGGGGCAGGCUGUGAAGGCUCCCGAGGUCAAGAAGGAGAGGAAGGUGGUGAAGAAGGUGUACCCCAACUCAGCUCUGUUUACAACCUGGGGUGAUGAGCUCUCAGAGGAGGAGCAGAAAGAGGCAGAGGGGCUGUUUCAGAUGUAUGGAUACAAUGCCUUCCUGAGUGACCGACUACCCCUGAACAGGGAAAUCCCUGAUACUCGCGAUCCUAAGUGUGCUAAGCACCAGUAUCCCCAUGACCUGCCCACCAUCAGCGUGGUGUUGAUCUACUUGGACGAGGCCCUGUCAAUCAUCAAGAGAGCCGUCCGCAGCAUCAUAGACAAGACCCCCCAACGCCUGCUCAAAGACAUUAUACUGGUGGAUGACCACAGCUCCAAUGAGGAUCUAAAGGAGAAGUUGGAUGCCUACAUCAGCUUCAUCCAUGAAGAGCGUCCCGGCCUGGUGAAGAGAGUGAGACACUCAGAGCAGCUCGGUCUCACACAGGCCCGCCUCUCAGGGUGGAGGGAAGCUGAAGGAGAUGUGGUGGCCAUCUUGGAUGCCCACAUAGAGGUCCAUGUGGAAUGGGCGGAGCCUCUGUUAGCUCGGAUAAAGGAGGACCGCACGUUGGUGUUGACACCGGUGUUUGACAAAGUCCAUUUCGAUGACUUGACAGUCACACGUUAUGGGCCUGCUGCAGACACCUUUGACUGGGCCCUGUGGUGUAUGUACGAGCCCUUCAAACCUGAGUGGUAUGCCUUGAAAGACGAGUCACAGCCAGGAAAGAGCCCCUCCAUUAUGGGCAUACUAGUGGUUGAUCGCCUGUUCUUUGGGGAAAUUGGUGCUCUUGAUGGUGGUAUGAAGAUCUAUGGAGGGGAAAAUGUUGAACUGGGUAUCCGGGUGUGGCUAUGUGGUGGAAGUGUCGAGGUCAUACCUUGUUCUAAAAUAGCCCACAUCGAGAGGGCCCAUAAACCCUAUCUCCCUGACCUGAGCAUUACAAUGAAGAGGAAUGCUCUGAGAGUGGCUGAGGUCUGGAUGGAUGACUACAAACAGAAUGUCAACAUUGCCUGGAACAUCCCACUGAAGGAUCACGGCAUAGACAUUGGGGAUGUUUCAGAGAGGAAGAAGUUGAGAAAGAGGCUGAACUGCAAACCCUUCCAGUGGUAUCUGGAUAACGUGUAUCCCAUGUUAGACCCCCUGGGUGACUUGCUUGGUUAUGGAGCUCUGGUCAAUGACCAGAAGACGGAUCUCUGUAUAGAUCAAGGCCCAUUUCCAGGGAACACACCUAUUUUAUAUGGAUGCCAUUAUUAUGGUCCUCAGAACUGUUAUUAUCGAGCCAGUAGGGAGAUCUACAUUGGAGGCAUUAGGUCUCAUAAGUACGACAGUAAUCGCUGUCUGGUGGACACUGGCACUCGAACCCCAGGACUGUAUGAGUGCAAGGUGGCCCAGCAGAAGGGAUUCCACAUGCUCUGGGACUUCCAACAGGGAAAAGCCAUCCAGAACAGACAGACAAAGAGAUGUCUGGAGAUUGCCCCAGGGGAGGACACCUACUACCAGCUCAUCAUUCAGGAGUGUAGUGGGCAGCACUGGAACAUACAGAAUCUGAUUAAAGACUUCUGA